UCUUUGAAUUGAAGCGUUUUUGGAAAUUAGAAAUUGAAAUUUUUAGGUCAUGGAUUCAGUGGACUGACAACUUUCAGACGAAUGGGAUGAAAGAUUGGAAAAAGAUGGAGAAAAGCUAAUGGAGAUCUUUCAGGAAGGAAGAAAUAUGCACCAGUAUAUAGCAUUAGAGAAGGAGAUUAGGAGGUGUAAAGGACUUAAGAGAGGAAGACAGGUCUGAAGAGUCGUUGGGAAGAGAAGGGAUGAAGAUAUGAAAGAAGAAACCCUUUAUGUGACUGUUGAUAAGGCUAAGGAAUGAUUAGAUGUGGCUAAGGAGAACGAUCCAAAUUUUCAUGAGAAGUGGUGGAGAGGAAAUAAAUCAAAAUACAAUCCAUUCCAUACUGAUAAAAAGCUGAGAACCAAAUCUGACUGGAAUAGAACAAAGAAAUGCUGUUUCUUAGUGACCCCUAAUUCAUCAGGAAUAGUUGCAAAAUCACUAAAGACUAGGGGAAGAAUGUAUGGAGAGUGCGAAAUAUUUGAAGAGGAGGGACGAAUCCCAAAACUAUACCUUAACGCACCAGAAGGCCAACAGAUCUUUCAAAAUGCAAAAUCAAUUCGGAUAAUUGAGAACAAUGAACCGGUCAGAUCGAGAUCCAGAGCGAAGUACCACUCCAGGAUCAGUCAACUAAAAUCAGCUUAUGAGCACCCUCCAGUGUUGCCUAACGACAACAACGAGGUGCCAGUCCCAGUGCCGUUCCACCAGUACUGCAAUAUCUGCGGAUGCUCCUUUGAGGAUUACUUAGACCAUCUCAAGUCAGAAGAACAUAGCAAGAAUUUGAAGAAUGAAGAUAUGUUUUUAUUUGAUGAUUUGGCUUUGGAUAUUCAAAAAAAUCAUACAGAGACAGUUCUCACUCAAAAACUUCAAUCUUUCCUCUCCCAAUACACUGGCCAAGAUAAGUAUCCGCACACUACCAAAAGAUUCAUGCAGCUCAUAAAGCUUGACUUACAACUUGCUCAUAAAUAA